CCACAUCCUCGGCCCAGAUACUCACGCAGUCUUCCGUGGUUGCUGGCUAACAGGGUGGUGUCCCGGUAGGCCUUAUGGAGGAGAUGGGUAUGCACAGCGCGAACGCGGCCGGCGGCCAGAGUGGGGGUCCUAAAGGCGGGUCGACCGGCGGGGCGGCCAACAAGACGGAGAAGAAGAGCCUCGCUCAGAAGAUCAAGGACAAGCUACAUCACCAUUGACGUGCUGCUUGUCCCGUUGGUGGCAGCGCCGACUUAUAGGUAGUGAGCUUUUGUUGAAGUGGGCGCGAUGCGAUUUCCUUGGGCUGUCUCUAGUCGUCCACGUGCCUUGGUUACCGGACGGGAGGGUUGGCUAUGCUUGGCUUUGUGUGGGUAUACUGUACUGUUAUAAGCACGUGUAAUAACACGAUUCCUCCUUUUUUUCCUCCUCCUAUCCCGGCCUUCCAUGCCGAUAGGUAUCCAUCUCGGUGAUCCUUAUGUUUGGUACCACCAGGAAAGUCACAUAUACCAACCUAGCUAAGACAUACCCGCAUAUAAUUGAAUCUGAUGAUGCCCUAUGUAUGUGGGUUUCCCACACCACACCCUCGGGGCGGUGGCUCGGAGUGCAGGCGUGCAGCGAUCUGCGGCGUGUACAAAGCGCGAAUCCUGCGGACGAAGAAAUAUCAGAUGCAAGCAGCCGGAGACUCCAGAUGUCUUGGGGGGGAUGUUAGAGUCCGGUUACCCAGGACACGGCAUAACCUCGUCCUCUGCUCGGGAAUACAAGCAGACAACAGUCCCCUCGCCCCCCGCCCCCCCUCGUAGCUCACAGCUAAGGGGAGGGGAGGUAUCUCGAUACCUACGGAGACGCGCGCAUCUGCGGGAGCCUGGCCUAGCCUCGAGCGGUCUAAAGGGAAAGGGGCGAGGGGAUGGGGGCCGGCGAGGCUCAUGCAUCUCUGCUCUGCCCGUCCCUCUCGUCCUCGCGUCCUUGCUUCCCGAACCCACCCAGUCCAGCCCAGCCCGGCCCGGCGGGUCUCUCGCGCCACGGCUCUGGAGCCGCUGGCCCGCCGCCGCACCAAGCAACGCAGGCAGCGCCAGCGCCCCCCAGCCGACACGCCUGUUGGGGGGGGGGGACCUCUCUGCCUUGUUCAUGCGCUCCGGCGCUGGCACGCCGACGAGCUUGGGAGCUGUCGGCUCCCCUGCCUCGCGACGACUUGGACGCGGUGCGGCGGCUGCAUGUAGGUAGGUAGGUAGGUAGGUAGGUAGGUACCUACCUCGUAUGGAGGCCGGUAUAUAUACCUACCUACCCGGGAUACCGAGCUAGGCGUAC